AUGGGUACUAUGCUUCACUACGCCGUCACUGGUGCAUUCAUCAGUACCGCCAUCGCCAUUGGUGUGACGUUCGUAAUCAUCUUCGACGUCAUUAGCGACAUCAACGAAUUCCAAAGGGACAUCGAAAAAGAUCUCGAUCAAUUCAAGCACAUAGCCAACGACGCAUGGAAAACAAUGAUGGGAGCUCAGCAGAACGAAGGCGGUUCGGUCUUUAGCUCAGUCAGAAUUCGAAGAGGUGGCAGCUACGUUGGCGGAGGUGGUGGUGGCGCGUAUGCAGCACGCGGGAGUGGAGGCUACGCAAGUGGUGGUGGAGGUUGUGCAUGCGCAGCUAAAGCAUCGGGUUGCCCACGAGGACCACCAGGACCUCCUGGCCAACCUGGCCUGCCAGGAGAUGAUGGUCUGCAAGGUCUUCCUGGAAGAGCAGGAGCAGGUGGUCUUGCAGCAGAAGGAGGUCACGGUGGAGGUUGUAUCUCGUGUCCAGCCGGACCACCAGGUGAACCAGGACCGGAUGGAGCUCCCGGCCCAGCUGGACCCGCAGGAAAUCCCGGACAAGACGGAGAAAGCCUUGGAGGAGGUAAAAUAUAA